AUGAAGUACUUCGCCGCCGCCGCUGUCCUCGCUUCGGUCGCUGUUGCCCAGCUCGACCCCAGCACUAUCAACCCUUGCAUCCUCACCUGCGCCACCACCGGUGCCACUGCUGCCGGCUGCUCGGGUGUCACCGACUUGGCCUGCAUCUGCGCUUCGGCCCAGUUCAUGACGGGUGCGCUUGACUGCAUCAACUCGCAGUGCCCCGACCAGGUUGCCGCGGCGACUGCCCUCCAGGGUACCCUUUGUGCCGGCCAGAGCACUGCUGCGGCCGGCGCCAGCGGCGCCGAGACCACCGCGAGCGCCGCCGCUUCCGAGUCGGCUGCCGCUACUGCUGAAUCCUCCGCCGCCUCUGUUGCCUCCUCCGCCGCCUCGGCUGCCUCCUCCGUUGCCUCCUCCGCUGCCUCGGGCGCCGAGUCGGCCGCUGCGUCCGGCUCUGCCAAGGCCUCGUCCGCCGCCGCUAGCGCUUCGUCGAAGGCCGCGUCGGCUGUCUCGGGUGCCUCGAGCGCUGUCUCGAGCGCCGCCUCGGCGAAGCCCACCUCUGCUGCCGGCGCCCUCACCAUCCCCGCCAAGGAGGUCGCUCUCGCUGUCUUCGGCGUUGUUGCCGGUGCCGGUCUCCUUAUUUAA